AUGCAGGGCACGCCGUUGUUUCCGUCCCACAAGGCGUUAUUGAUUUGGACGACCGGUGUUUACUUUUUUGAAAAUUUUCUGUCACUUUUUCCUUUUUUUUUCUCUCUCACUCUUCCCUGUGAACCUUCUUCUUCAAUAUGUCGAUCUCGUGAGAAAUACUGCGAGGUUUGA